CCGUCAGAGCUUGUGCUCGCUCGGUGCUCGCUCUCGCCCGUGAGAGCUGAAUCCUACGGAAACGCGCGCGCGACGUGUCCGCUCCAUUUGACGACCGCUGAAUCACGAAUUACGGAAAAGCCUGCCGCUUUCUCUCUCUCGCUCUUUCUCUCUUUCUCUCGCUCGCUUUCUCCUUUUCUCUCACUCCGUGUGUGUCUCUCCCCCUGUCAUUCGCUUCUCCGCGCGUCCAGGUCGAUAGCGCGCGCGCGACCAGGUCGAUGGAGUGUCGGGCGUGACCUACGAGUGAGUGUCGUGAGCCUCGGGGCUAGUGCGUAGGCGUUCGGUGACAUCAGUCAGUUGGUGAGAAGCAACGGGACGGACGCUCGCUUGUUUUCGGCGACGGUGAUUUCCGUCGAAACACGACGGCGGAUAGCGGUUCCAGUGAUGCGUGAACACGGUGCCGAGGCUCGGGAUCGGCCGUGGUGAGUGAGAGCAUCGCCGAGAGCAUCAGUGACGACUGAUCAGACCAUCUUGUUGGGUGACGGAACGUUGAUGGCACGACGAAAGUGAGGUACCUUCGAGUUUCGGAGAAGAAUACCUCUGGACGGUUGAGAAAGAAAGAGAGAGAACGACAGCUAAGGACUCCGUCGGAAUAGUGAGUGGUUAGGAAGUGUAAGUGGUGAAUCAGAAGAGUGGCGAAUUGGGAGCUUAGCCGGAAGCAGGCCGUCGCGGGCACCCCCGCAGACUCGAGCCCGAAGAUGCGGCGGUCCUAAUUCCGACGGGGGGGUCAGUCCCGCCAGUUGGUCCCGGCCAAGUGGGCUCUCCAACCGGGAAGCGUACGAUAAUCGUACGAUGAUGCCGCUCGCGCCGACGCCAAUCGUCCCGGUGCCGUCCAAGCCGAAGAUCGGCUUCAGCAUCGACUCGAUAGUCGGCGGGCAGGGCCGCGAGGACCGCCUGGACCGGCUGGUCGAGAUCGAGCGCGACGAUGGCAGCCCGAUGGAGGUAGUCGAGGACUCGUCGUCGCCGCGGGCGCGCCGGGUCGCCGUGCGAUCGCCCGGCGCUCACUCCGAGGGUUCCGACCGGCCGAUCUCCCGGAGCUCCUCCGUCGAGUCCUACCCGAACUCGCGGCGGACGCCGUCGCACGCCGGAGGUGGCGCCGGCGGCCACCAUCACCACGGCAAUCACCACGGCCACCACCAUCCGCAUCACCAUCAUCACCUGUCGACGGCGGCGCACCUGGAUUUCGGCCGCACCACCGUGCACAGCCACAGCGGCGGCUCGACACCCAACAACAGCCCCAGCCCGCCGCACAGGAUAUCGCACGGCGACUCGCCGAUCGGCACGCACCCCCAGCCACCCCCCGGAGUGGUGAGACCCAGCCCGAACUACCUCGCGCCACCGCCCAACGCGGCGGCGGUCGCGGCCGAGCAGCUCAAGUCCCUCUACGGGCUACCCAGCCACAGUCCGGCCGGGCCACAGACCGGACAGAAUGAGUAUCACACGCAGCAGCAACUGGCCCUGGCUGCGAAUCUCGCCGCGGCCCAGGCCAAUUUCCAAGCGGCGAAUCUCGCGGUCGCGCUCCAGGCGCAUCACGGCGCCGCGCCCCACGGACCCCCUCACGGCCCUUACCCGCACGGUGGCACCCCGGCGGGGCCCCAUCCGCCGCCGCAUCCUCAUCAGACGCCCAGAGACAGUUACCCCCUGUACCCCUGGUUGCUCUCCAGGCACGGAAGGAUCUUCCCGCACAGAUUCGGAGGUCCCGACAUAUCCGGCUUCCUGCUGCAGCCCUUCAGGAAACCGAAGAGAAUAAGGACGGCCUUCAGCCCGAGCCAGCUGCUGAAGCUGGAGCACGCGUUCGAGAAGAAUCACUACGUCGUGGGCGCGGAGAGGAAGCAGUUGGCGCAAGCGUUGUCGUUAACGGAGACGCAGGUGAAAGUGUGGUUCCAAAACCGACGGACGAAACACAAGCGGAUGCUGCAGGAGGAAGACGCGAAGAGCCAGCAGCAGUCCGGCGGCGGAGGUGGCGGCGGCGGCGGCGGUGGCGGCGGCGGCGGUAACGGCAACGGCGCCGGCAACGGGAACAGCAAUAUCAGUGGCGGCAACAACAAGAACACCCAUCACGUGAGCAAGUGGCAACAGGAGACCGGCGACUACCAUCAUGAAGAGGAGGAGGAGGACGAGCACAUCGAUCCGGAGGCCGAGGAGUGCUCGAGCGGUUCCGAAGCGUAGCUAGACGUUCUCUGCCUGGAUUAGGAUCCAGGAUCGAGCAGAUUAUCCUACUGAUCGUGGGUAGCAUCCGCUCCCAGCGGAUCGGUUCCCCGAAUCUCCUCCGGCCGACGAGAAAGAGAGAGACGAAGAUGGUCUUCUUCCUCGUAUUCCGAAGAGAGUCGUGUUUCGAAGCAAACAACACUGAGUGAAUUCACGCGAAUCGGCUCGGAUCGGGAAUGUCGAUUUCGCUCGAAUCGCACGCUCAGAGUGUGAGGCAGACCGGGGAUACCGGAGACCUCGUCGGUGACCGGCGCUUCCAACGUGUACGGGGCGUCGUUAGAGAUCAUACCUGGUUCCCCCUGAUUUGACCCGGUCGUGUCUCGAGCCUGGGGAAGUAUCGGGAGUAUCGGGGGAAUACGUCAUCAGUUCUGAUCCUGAUUUCGACCUGAAGAGAGACUCGCGGUGCCGAACCGGCAGGUUUUCGGGAGAAUCGACAAUGAAGGAACUCGCGAACGGUACUCGCGGAAUGAGCAGUGCUGGUAAGGCUGUGCGCCACGGAACGAGCGAGGUACUUGCUGACACGGUUGUUGAAAGACAGGACGAGGACAAAGUGUCUCUCGAUGAUGAUAAGGAAGACGAAGUCCGUGCGAAGAUGGACCUCUGAGGGAAGGACCGACGAUGUGGAAAUGGACGAAGGGGACGAGCGGUGAUUUCGAAGACGAGAGAGAAUCUCGCGCGAGGACGAGAGGAAGGGCUCGCGAGAAAGGAAGACGGAGGAGGCGAAGAACCGGACAAGGAGGAGAGGAGCCGUGAGAAGGAGGGAAAAGAAGCCGAUAACAACGGCGACGAUCGCGGGAGAAGCGCGAGAAGCAGAAGUUAAUGAACGGGAAAUUAGCCGAGAGAGCGGAAACGAGGCAGGCGACAAGAAGAAGGACUCACUCCCGAGAGCACUGAUAAUCGAAAGCGAUGAUUCGUCCAGCGAGCGGAGGCCGCCUGGGUCGUGGCUACGAGAAGACGGAGGAAGGAGGCAGCGGAGGAGGAGGAGGAGGAGAAUGCUUGACCCCGCGAGAGUCUGACCCUGAGGAGCCUUUCCAUCAGCGAAAUCACCGAUCUGCGGGCAGGACUCGCCGAGUCUUGUUCCGAACUUGCCAGAUUAGUCGAUAGCAGCCGAUGUUGCGCCGGGAGGGGUGUCUUUUUCUUCUCUCCCCCCUUCCCACUCUCUCGUUCCUCCCCCUCCGCUCCCGAGGAGGGGAUCGCGACGGGUAGUUCCACCGGGGAUCUUCGUGACCGCAGCGCGCGGCUGUUGCCGAAGGCCGGGGAAUGAUCGCGAAGAUACGUAAAUAUCCUCGGGAUUAGGUUGCGAGAGAGAAAGAGAGAGAGAGAGAGAGAGAGAAAGAGUUUUUCCUCAGCGCGGGGCUUCCUCCCAGCGGGCGCGCGGAAAAAGCGAGCGGAGAAAUCGAAGGCGAAUCCGGCUCGGAAGCCGGCUAAUGGAGGCAUUGUCUGCGGGAGAAACGACGAGGGUAAAUGGACGCGUAUCCGGCGGAAACGGCGACGCUCGGCGCAUCGAGCACGCCGAUCGAUACGCGAAUUUUGCUCUCUCUAUCUCUCUCUCUCUCUCUCUCUCCCGGGUUUUAUUAUUUCGCGGCGAGACCGCUUCCUACGUAUCGGCCUGCGUGCCGGAUCUCCCGGAGCCUCGGGGAUGCUCCUUCGCGGCGACGCCACCGCGAGAAAUCGUCGUCCUCCGAUUCCGAGAGCGCGUCCCAUUUCGGACGGAAGCGUUCACGAAGGUCUCUCGAAGGUGAGGAGAGCCGAGGAGUGGUGAACUCUCGCACACGACGAAUGCCGGCGAAUCGCGCACGUUUUCCCGCUGGUCUUGCCAUAAAAGAAUCGCCAUAAGGAUCCCCUCGCCGCGAUCGUGUAAAUAAAGCGUCGGGGAAGGAGAAGCGGGUGCGGGAAGGGAGAGACGGCCGCGAGGAUCGCGUCGAUCUCUCCUCCGGUAAAAAAGCGCAUCCCGGCGAGAUUUUCUCCUUACGAGAGUCGCGAGAAUGUAGACCGCAUCGGGAGAAUGUAAAUAGAUAGGAUGCGUCCGAAGCGCAUCGUAAAAGGGGGAAGAACACACACACACACACAUACACCGAAUAACGGAGAAAGAAAGAAUCGGGAGUUGAAAGAGAGUGCCAAACUUCAUACCCCCCCCCCUCGUUCCCCCCGGACCCUCUUAGAGAGAGAGAGAGAGAGAGAGAGCGAUCCCAGUGUAAACUCGAGUUGUACUUUGCAGUUGUAUUUAAGUCGUUGUUCUACACGAGCGAGCAGUAUUCCUUGCGUCCGAGAAGACCGAUCGAUGUGCGUCCGAGGUAAUGAAAAUAAUAAUAAUAAUAAUAAUAAUAAUAAUAAAAAGCAGAAGUACUGAGACGAUUUAAAUUAUUAUCGCUAAAGAGCGCGUUAGACACAAACCUGAAUCCCCUGCGCCGCGCCGGCGGAGCGCGCGAUCUCCGUUUUAUUCGCCGUUCGGUGAUAUUAACGUAUCGACGGGUUUACCUCGAUCUUUUUCUCGAUACCUUAAUAUCUGUCCUGCGAGCCCCACGUCGCCGCUCGUCGAGCAACGAUGCCAUCGAUCCCGGGGAAUCGACGGCGAAACUCGCGCGCUGAAUCAAAAGGAAGCGUCGUGUUCCUAUUCGCUCGAUCUUUCGCUCGCCCGCCGAAAACUCGCGCGCUCGCGGUGCAGGACUUUCGCCCUGUAAAUAAUAUUGUAAAUAGGAAAAUGUGAUUUUACUCGACGUACAGAAGCAUAGAAUUGUACUAUCGAAUGAUUCAG